CGUUCGACGUACUAAAUACCUAAGUACGUCGGUUGUGUUGUGUGCGCGCGUGAGAGAUAGUUUCCCGUAAAAAAAAUCAAACCUCAAAGUCUCUAUAAUCCAUUUGUAAGGUUCCAUUGUGAUUUUGUGCCGUGCCGGUGUGUUUUUGUGUUGUGAACAGUGAAACAAUAGGAAAAGAAGCAACAGGAUAGGAGGACGUCUCCGAAUCUGCUGUGUGUUUAGAACGGAACGGAACGCGGAAGUGUCCAACAGCAACACAAAAUGAUCAGUGCCGAAAGCGGACAUGGGAGCGUCCUUCAACACCAGAGUGAUAGUGAUGGUGGAACGAUGACAUCAACAAUGUCCGGACACACGGGAGACAGCAGCGCGGUAAUGCGCAGCAGCGUCGAAGAUAGCCAGCUGGGCUACGGAAUGCGGCCGCCGAUGGCGCCGGGUGUCGAUGUGUUGAACCGGAAUGGUGCUGGUGGUGGUGGAAUGGCGAGCCAAAGUCUGAUUGCCAGUGAGGCGACCGUUCCGCGUGAACCUUACCAACAGCAGGGCCUCAACAACAGCAGCAACCACAGCAACAAUAACAACACCAACAACAACAACAGCAGUUUGAUUCGCAACUUCAAGAACGGCAAGGCGGAGAAGAAGGGCAAAACGUUCCUGUCGCGCCUCUCGUCCGGGUUCCGCUUCUCGUUCCGCAGCAAGUCGAAAAAGAGCGCCCUCAAGGAGACGACCUUCGGUGUGACGCCGGCGGCGGCCAACGGGUCGUCCGGGUCGACCGCGAACGGUGCGCAGAACUACAACAACAAUCACAUCACCACCACCGCCGCCGCCGCAACGAAGAAGAAUAACGGUACCGGUGGUCGGCUGGCGGCGAGCCGUGGCGGAGGGAAUGACAGUGCAACGGCCGACUUUAUCUAUAUCCCGCUGAAGGAUCCGUCCCGACAGCAGCACCAGCGGGCAGAUGAAUCGGUGGCCGGUUAUCAUCUACGCCAGAUGAACACACUCGGCGUCACGGUGGACGACAGCUUCACGGGGGCCGAGGAUGAACCGGACGAUUGCGAGAUCGCCGUCACUCGGCCACCCGGUUACUAUCGGUCCGAUUCCAGCACGGCACUCAAUGGCAGCGACCGACACCAGCAACAGCAGCAGCAGGGCAACCACGUGUUGAGCUCCAAGCCACCGCUCCCGAAGCUGCCCCCGCGGGUCGUUGGCGUGUCCACGAAGCGGCAACAGAGGAACGCACAUGCGCCGACGCCACCGCCGAGGGACCACGACGAUUCGGUGGCCGCCGCCGACGACAACAACGAGGACUCGCGGUCGUCGUCCUGCUACUACCGGAAAAGCCCGACGCAGCUCCAUCAGUACGCGGCCAGCGCGCUGGUGGCCAACGGUGCCGAUACGGUCGACGGGACGGCGUUCGUUAGACGGGCACACUACGACGACAGUAGCGAGUACGGUGAGGGCGGUGGCGGUGGCUAUUACUACUACGAGGACGACGGCGCCCGGUUCAGCGCCACGAUGGGCAGCGAACAGAAGAUCGGUCUCAUCGAGACCAACCUGGACACGCACGAGACCAUCAUCUCCGGCAAGACCCGCUCGCUGAUGGAGCUCGGUGGCCCACACCACUACCGUCACCACCAUCAGCAUCCGGCGCACCAUCCCCAGCAACCGCAGCAGCACCAGGAUCCGAACGCCGGACCAGCGUCCAGCGGAGGAGCAAUGGCUGCCGGCCAGCGACGCACCAUCGGUGGUGCCGGCGCUGGGCACAUGAACGGGAUGAAGGGGGUCGCGGGCGUCGGUGGCGGCAGCACGGAACCGAGCCGACCGCACAAAAGCAUGGAGUUCCUGCUGGACAAGGAGAACCAACGGAACGUUCUGCCUCCCGAGAACGAGCUGCAGAAAUCACACGAAACUGGCACCAACCUGAGCGAGCACCAGCUGCGAGUGCAAGCGUCCCUGCAGCGGCUGAACAUCCCCGACUGGUACAAGCAAUACUCCGGCAAGGAUGGGGUGGCGAACACGACCGCACCGCCCUCGACGACGGUAACGAGCACGGCGGGAGCGGGUGCGGGCGCCGGCGGCCUUUUGAGAAAGCGCAACAGCGACGUCGGCCGCUGGACCGGGCUGAGCUCGAAGACCACUUCGCUCAGCUCGCUCGGAUCGCACCGAUCGGACCGUAGUCCGGUGAUGCUGAGCCCCUCCGCACACAGUCACCACGGUCAGACCGGCUUUUCGCGGUGGUCGACGUCGCACUUGAACUCGAACCAAACGUCGCCGAGCGUUUCGACACGCGGCUCGUUCACCCGGGGCGGCCUGAAUGCGAGCGUCAUUUCCGGCUACUCCAACACCUCGACCACGGGCACCGGUGCCGGGCCCGCGGGCAGCACCGCAAUCCGCAACUCGUUCCGCCAGCCGUACCUUGGCUGGAGAAGCCAAGAAAAGUUGUCCCAACCGAGAACCCCAGCGGAACGGCUCGCAUCGUCCUUGUUGCAGCAGCAGCAACAGCAGAGCAGCAGCAAACAAAAGGAACAGCAGCAACAGCAGGGCCGGAAACAGCAUCAGCAGCAGCAGCAGCAGCAUAAGAAUGAGUCCGUCGUCACGCCGGAAAUCCAAUCAUCAAUCAUAGAGGUUACGUCAGCGAUUGUACAUUAUGUAAAUGACCAAACAAAUCGACACUCACGCAGUAGAUCCACUAGUCCAAGCCAAAGAUGUUGGCUAGAAAGUUCAUUUGUUGGUACCCGGCCCCUCGAUUCCCCGCAGACGCCGAUGAUCGAGAAUAGUUCCGUUCUAGGAUCAACCCACCAACAUCAACAGCAAUCCCAGCAGACCGGCGGCGAUCACUAUCGGUUUAAUGCUGGCCGGAUGAAUGGCGUCGGGGGCACUAGCGCGGCGGUUCCGACGUUCUCGCUACCAACCGAGCACCAGUCGCCCGGAUCGGCCACGCUAGAGGAUGUGCUCGCCUCGUUGCUCGGUUUGCCGGCCGACCCAAACAGGUCCUCAGUGGUCAACAGUAGCGGCGGCGGCAACCACACGCUGCAGAUCGAACCGCUGCAGACGCGGCGCCGCAGUGAGGGUGACGCGGCCACGCGGAAGCGCAACGACAGCGGUGGCUCGAUGGCCAUCAGCGGCAUCAGCGCCACCGGAACCACCACCACCAACACCACAACGACGACGGCGACCGGCUCGGGAAACAACCAGACCGCCGGCCAGCAGCAGCAGCAGGCGUCGAAGGACCUCCUGAGCGCAGACUUGGCAUCGCGGAUCGCCCGGCGCGUCUCGCUCGACUCGGCGGAGGCGGCCGGUCACCAGCAUGGGCACGGGCGCGGCCACGACUACCUCAAGUGCCGCUACCCGAAGUGCGACGCGUCGGCGACGCUGGCGGAGGCGCGGAAAACCUACAAGAGCUGCCACAACUGCUCCCAUCUGUACUGUUCGCGCGAGUGCCGGCGGGCGCACUGGGAGCGGCACCGGAAGGCUUGCCUGCACUCGCGGGUGUCCGCCUUGUGCCGGCUGGUGCUGUCGGCGUGCAAGGACGACGCGGACACGCUGCGCCACCUGAGCGCGCUGGCCCGGCGGGGCUACCUGUCGCAGGGGCGAGGUGUUGUUAGAAUCCUGUUCCGCAGCCCGGAGCGGGCCGACUCCUUCCUCAAGCAGGGCUUCCAGUGUCUGGGCGAGGUGUCGUACGUCCGCUGGCCGGACCUGCUGCCGGCCGAGAUGGGCCCGGAGCUGUACUCGGAGCUGCUGAAGCUCAGCACCGAGUACAAGCCCGACUCCAAGAUGCUCCUGUACGUGGCGAUCUGCGUCGUGUCGGAGGCGCCGGGCAGCGCGACGGCCCCGGUCAAGUGGGAACGCCAGCUGGUGUCGCGCUGCGCCAAACUCAAGCUAUGCCGCUCGGUCGUCGCGUGCGAUGGCGCGACUGGCCCCGGAAAGCCUGCGCAGGCUCCGGCGGUCGUCCCGCCCCGCAAGGACACCGUCGGUGACGUGCUGGUGCUCUCGUUUCAGAUACUGGCCAAAACGACACCGAGGGCGCGGGAGCAGGUGUCGACCAACAUUCACUCGAUCCUGCACCAGCGGGGCGUACAGCUGCGGAAGCACUACCCGGAGGUGUCCCAGCGGUUGGCCACCUUCGUCGAGGGGACCACCGACCGGUUUCUGCCAGUGACGUUGCACCCGCGCGACACCGUCACCGGCCGGUCGUUCGUCUGCAUCAUCAUGCCGAACUACGGCGAGGUGGCCGACCGGGUGCAGUUUCCCGUGUCGGAAAACAGCGACGAUCGUGUGGUCACCAUCGACGUCGGGGCCGACCUGGGCGACGAUUUGACGAGCAAACUGUAAGCCUCCAGGGCACCUCCCAACUCACUAACCCGGGCGAUGAUUUGUACCGGAGCGGGAAGUGGGGAAACUGUCUCACGAGUCCCGUACACGGGGAUUUAUGGGACGUGUCUUCGGGACGCCGAAGCCUGUUGGGCGUUGGGUGCGAAUGUGUUCAUUCAUUUGCCGAAGCGUUUACCGCAACACUUGAAACACAUAUCCUUAGUAGGCCGUCGGCCCAGCAAGUAGGCUGAGCC